ACAUGGCGUCUAAGCGAUCGCUCUACAGACCUGCUCCUGAAAAUGUUACCAGCAAACAGACUCGUCAUUUUUUAGCACAAGGACGUCUUACAACCAAACCAUCAUUGCCAGAUUCUCUCACAGUAUAUGCAUCACCACAUCAUUUACAGCGACCAUUAGCGGAUGAAGGAGGUGAUGCCAGUACUAUUAUAUCGCAUGCACCAAUUGAUGAUGGGUCAUUAUCACCAAGACAACAGAUGGCAGCAUAUGUGCAUAGUCCUCAGCAGAGUAUGUCCUCAGCAAGUUAUAUUGACACACCAAUUUCAGACAGCCUGACACGGUCACCAGCUAAGCCCAAACCAGAGCAACUCCUAGAACUCUCUGAUUCAGAUGAAGAAAUUACAUUUCAUAAAAAGAAGGUGGAUGGACUACGACCCAGACAUUCUAGUGGUGCCAGACAAAUGAAAUCACCAGAUAAUAUAAGUGGGAUGGAAGAUAUUGUUAUGUUACCAGAUUUUGGAGAACAGGCGGUUUUACCCCUUGAGACAUCUGCUAAUAGGUCGAGUACUUUGAAAAGUGUUGAUGAGAAGAGUGGCAGUGGUGUAAAAAAGAAGAAACCUAAAGGUCGUAUUGUGUCCUCCAGAUAUAUGCAGGGUUUUAACACUACUCUCCCUUCCAAACCUAAUGUCACCACCAAUAGAGACUCUGAAACUCACUCAAAGAUGAUGAGGAAAACUGCAACAACUUCCAGUAAAGGACGCCCCGUAUCUAAGCUACACACGAAACCAAGGAGAUCUUUAGUGACGUCUACACCAUUCGCUGGGACGCUCGGUACUAUACCAGUCAAUUCCCCAAUGUUUUCAGGGGAUGGUUCCUAUUUCCAGCCACCGUCCGCCAUAAAGACUGACAGCAAGAAAUCAAGACCCAAGUCGAGACAAGCAGUGGGUUUACCGUCACCAAUGGACAUCACCUCUAAGACGCCUGCUUCGUUCAUAGAUGUGGAGGCAUCAGUACCACAGUAUCUAAUGUAA